AUGCUGCCGCCAACCAUCUUGGUGGUCAUUCAAGAGUCAUGCAAGACGAAGCGUUCACGACUCCAGCUGCUGCUGCUGCUGCUGCGCCUGCGGAUGAUGGUCAGAGAGAGGAACUAUCUGAAAAGCGAUGCGCUCAUCUCACCUCUACAGUCUCCCUGGCACGUCAUGUACGCUGGUCGAGCCGACGGCAGCUUUGUUGCCACCGUGUCAAUUCCACCUCGCGCUUUUGACGAGCUUCUGAAGGUUUUCUCAAGGUAUUACGUCGUAGCGUCAGGUCUCGGCCGACGUGGGCGCCCUCCUGCACUAGUAGUGAAGCAUGCUGCUUUAGCGUGCGUGCUACACUACUACACUGCGGCUGUUGAGGCCAAGACACUCUGUGAGCUCUUUGGAAUCCCCCUGCAACACUAUCACGCGUCCUAA